AGACGUGCGGACCAGGAACUACGUUUCCCAAGCUGCACUGAGGCUGACCCAGAAGUUUAAAUUCCGCUCCCUCUACGAAAGAAUUGUAGUGAGUGAAAAUAAACAUUAAAACACACGCAAAUGUAUUUUCCUGGCUGCAGCACCUGCCUUCUUGCCUCGGUAGGAAUCAUUUUCAAAAACAGCAGCUUCUUGAAGCCCCAGAAUGCAUUCCUGUGCUACGGAAGGCGGAAGAGCGUCUCUCGGGGUCAUAAGGCGAAGGUCAGAGGGCCGAAUUGGCGGGAGAAGAGAUUGGUGGUCCACGAUCGGAGGCAAUGGUGGCUCCUUGAGGUCCACGGUCCCGGGAGUAAUGUGAGGAUUGUUGCUUUUCUGGAAGCUAACACAUAGUCAGUGCCAAAGUGGUGACAGAAGAAAUCUUGGGAGAAAGCGUUUUUGCUUGUACUUGACACCGUGCUGGGCCCACCAUGGCUCCUGUGAAGAUCAGCCACGUGGUAUCAUUUUCUUCUCAGGAUCCCAGAUAUCCUGUAGAGAACUUGCUAAACCCAGACAGUCCAAGGCGACCUUGGCUCAGCUGCCCUCAGGACAAAAGUGGGCAACUGAAAGUGGAACUACAGCUGGAGAGGGCAGUGCCCAUUGGCUACAUUGAUGUGGGUAACUGUGGCUGUGCAUUCCUGCAAAUUGAUGUGGGCCGUUCUUCCUGGCCUCUGGACAGACCUUUUGUCACCCUGCUCCCUGCAACCAUGCUAAUGUCUCUGACUGAUUCAAAGCAGGGGAAGAACCGCUCCAGGGUCCGCAUGUUUAAAGAUGUUGACUUCCUGGCUCCAGCCUCCGGAGAGUCAUGGGAUCGACUUCGCCUGACCUGCUCCCAACCCUUCACACGUCAUCAGUCCUUUGGCCUGGCCUUUCUACGGGUGCGUUCUUCUCUGGAUUCCUUAGAUGUUCCUGUGGAGGGUCCCUCAGCCCUUGUGAGCUCUGUGCUGAACCAGGGUUCUUCUGAUGCUCAGGAGUGUGGUCCUAGCCCCUGGCUAGCUAAUCCUUCCAUCCGGAGGACAUUCUUCCCACAUCCCCAUGCGGACACCAAGGAAAUUUCAGACCUCAGGAAUAUCCUAACACAGCUGCAGCCAGGGACUCUAGGGCGUUCAGCCCACAUGGUGCUUUCUGCUGCCCGCAGAGUACCUCCAGCCAGUGUGGCAAGCCCAAAGAACAGCCAUGCAGAACCAGGUCCCAGUCAUCCAGGCAGGGCAGAGCCCAGAGCAGAGGAGCAAAACUCUGAGAAUGAUGUGGGCAGGAUGAAAAGACGGAAAGUGCAGCACCAAAGGCCUUUAUCCAACUCUAAUUCUCGGCCAAACAGGAGGGAGACAGCAAGAGCAGGGCAAAGAAAACAACACCGACCGCAGGCCCAAAGCAGUAGUGGCCAGGAUAGCAGACAGUGCCCCAUUUGUGCAGGCUCCUUCAGGAUUGAGAUUCUUCCCUGGCACGCUGCCACUUGCGGAGAGACCUCCCCACCUCACUCAGCUUCUCCCUCAUCCUCAUCAUCAUCGUCCCAGUCUGUACUGUGGGUAUCCUCCCCAGAGAAUUCACCCCCUAUCUCCUGGGUUCAGUGCCCUAUCUGCCAGUUGCAUUUCUCACCAAGAGAAGUAGAAGAGCAUGCCGGCGUGUGUGGGGACUUCAAGAUUUCACUGUGUGGCACUAACACCAGUUCCCCAGGGUACAGGGCAGAGGGGGAGCAGCUGGUCCUGCAAAGGGAGGGCCCAGGGCGGGGUUCUGAAUGGAUAGGAAAGAGGGUGCUAGGCACAGUCAGGGAGAAGACUGAGCAGGAGUUCAGUCCCUCGGUCCCUGCCAGCACAGGUGCCAGCAUAGGUGGGCACAGCCAUGGACCCCAUCACGGGUCACAGCAUCUCCACUCCUUCAUCUGCCAACAGCCUAACUGGACUGAGAUCGUGAACAGGAAGCUCAGUUUCCCACCUCCACUCCUGGGUGCCAUCCAGGAGGGCCGACUGGGCCUCGUGCAGCAGCUGCUGGAGUCAGGGGUUGAGGCCACAAGCAGUGGACCAGGCGGGCCCCUGCGGAAUGUGGAAGAGGCCGAGGAUCGCUCCUGGAGGGAAGCACUCAACCUGGCCAUCCGCCUGGGCCAUGAGGCCAUCACCGAUGUGCUGUUGGCCAGUGUCAAGUUUGACUUCCGCCAGAUCCAUGAGGCCCUGCUAGUGGCAGUGGACACAAACCAGCCGGCAGUGGUGCGUCACCUGCUGGCCCGGCUGGAACGGGAGAAGGGUCGCAAAGUAGACACCAGAUCUUUCUCACUGGCUUUCUUUGACUCAUCUAUCGACGGCUCCCGCUUUGCACCUGGUGUCACUCCCCUCACCCUGGCCUGCCAGAAGGACUUGUAUGAGAUAGCGCAGCUGCUCAUGGACCAGGGUCACACCAUUGCCCGGCCCCACCCAGUCUCCUGUGCCUGCCUCGAGUGCAGCAACGCCCGCCGCUACGACCUGCUGAAGUUCUCGCUGUCCCGCAUCAACACCUACCGUGGCAUCGUCAGCAGGGCCCACCUCUCACUGGCCAGUGAGGACGCCAUGCUGGCUGCCUUCCAGCUGAGCCAUGAGCUCAGGCGCCUUGCACACAAGGAGCCUGAAUUUAAGCCUGAAUACAUUGCCCUGGAGUCACUGAGCCAGGACUAUGGCUUUGAGCUGCUGGGCAUGUGCCAGAACCAGAUCGAGGUCACUGCAGUGCUCAACGACCUGGGUGAGGACAGCGAGACUGAGCCUGAGACUGAGGGCCCGAGCCUGGCCUUUGAGGAAGGCAUCCCCAACCUGGCAAGGCUGCGACUGGCCAUCAACUACAACCAGAAGCGGUUUGUAGCACACCCCAUCUGCCAACAAGUCCUUUCCUCCAUCUGGUGUGGGAACCUGGCUGGCUGGCGUGGAAGCACCACCAUCUGGAAGCUCUUUGUUGCCUUUCUCAUCUUCCUCACCAUGCCCUUUCUCUGCCUUGGCUACUGGCUGGCACCAAAGUCCCGGCUGGGCCGCCUUCUAAAGAUCCCAGUACUGAAGUUCCUGCUGCACUCCGCCUCCUAUCUGUGGUUCCUCAUCUUCCUGCUGGGAGAGUCCCUGGUCAUGGAGACACAGCUGAGCACCUUCCGUGGCCGCAGCCAGAGUGUCUGGGAGACCUCACUACACAUGAUUUGGGUCACAGGCUUCCUGUGGUUUGAGUGCAAGGAAGUGUGGAUUGAGGGCCUGCGCAGUUACCUCCUGGACCGGUGGAACUUCCUGGAUAUGGUCAUCCUGUCCCUGUACCUGGCAGCCUUCGCACUGCGCCUCCUCCUGGUUGGGCUUGCCCACGUGCACUGCCAGGAGGACUCCCAGGGGGCUGCCUGCCACUAUUUCACCACAGCUGAACGCAGCGAGUGGCGCACCGAGGAUCCCCAGUUUUUGGCUGAAGUGCUGUUCGCUGUUACCAGCAUGCUCAGCUUCACCCGCCUGGCCUACAUUCUGCCGGCCCACGAGUCGCUGGGCACUCUGCAGAUUUCCAUUGGCAAGAUGAUUGAUGACAUGAUCCGGUUUAUGUUCAUCCUCAUGAUCAUCCUGACUGCCUUCCUCUGUGGCCUCAACAAUAUCUAUGUGCCCUACCAGGAGACAGAGCGGCUGGGCAAUUUCAAUGAGACGUUCCAGUUUCUGUUCUGGACCAUGUUCGGCAUGGAGGAGCACAGCGUGGUGGACAUGCCUCAGUUUCUGGUGCCCGAAUUUGUGGGCCGGGCCCUCUAUGGCAUCUUCACCAUCGUCAUGGUCAUUGUGCUGCUCAACAUGCUCAUUGCUAUGAUCACCAACUCCUUCCAGAAGAUUGAGGAUGAUGCUGAUGUGGAGUGGAAGUUCGCGCGCUCCAAGCUCUAUCUGUCCUACUUCCGAGAGGGCCUGACGCUGCCUGUGCCUUUCAACAUCCUGCCCUCCCCGAAGGCUAUCUUCUACCUUCUCAGGAUAAUUUGCCAGUUCGUUUGCUGUUGCUGUUCCUGCUGCAACACCAAGAAGCCAGACAAUCCCCCCAUCCCUACCUUUGCCAAUCCCGGGGCAGGGGCCAUGCCUGGGGAGGGAGAGCGUGGAUCCUACCACCUUCGCGUCAUCAAGGCCCUGGUACAACGCUACAUAGAGACUGCCCGGCGCGAGUUUGAGGAGACCCGGCGGAAAGACCUGGGCAACAGACUCACAGAACUGAUGAAGACCGUAUCUCGACUACAGAGCGAGGUAGCCGGUGUGAGGCGGACUCUGGCAGAGGGAGGAACACCCCGGCCUCCCGACGGUGCCAGUGUCCUCAGUCGCUAUAUCACCCGAGUGCGCAACAGUUUCCAAAACCUGGGGCCCCCCAUUCCUGAGACCCCAGAGCUGACAGGGCCCAGGAUUGUGGGGACCCAGGAAUCAUCAGGAACCAGGCUUCAGGACACUGGAGAGGUGAGGACUCUGGCUUCUAGAGAGUCUGGCCCCAGCUCCCCAGCUCAUGUGCUAGUGCACAGGCAGCAGGAAACAGAGGGGGCUGAGGACCUGCCCCACGCAGAUAAUUCAGGGAUGGAGGGGAGGAUCUGAUACAGCGGAAGGGUCCCUUCUGUUGCUGAGGGCAGUAGCCUAGGAGGGUGAGGGUGGGGGCCCCUUGGGAGGAGGCCGUGCUGCUUUCCUUGCUUCAAUAAAGUUUCUGUUCUGGAUGUG